AUUGCUCAUAGGCUAUUUUAAAUUAACUUAUAAAAACUAUAAAUUCUACUUCUUGCUUAUUGUUAACGACAAUCACUAGGUUUAAUAGCGUGUCGAAUCUAUUAUUAGUUUUUCGGUCCUGUCACUUUGAUUCAACAUUCAUAGUAUAAGAAGGGGAUACUUCAGGCUCCAGGUAUCAGUCGACUUGUUUUAUUGCGACCGGAACAAUCAAGAUGUUUUUUGUCGCGGUGUUGUUCGCCUGCCUCGCUCUGUGCAGCAGUCUCCCAGUGUUGCCGUUAGUUGUUCCUGCAGCGCAUACGCUACAUGCACCCGUUUUGGCGCCAUAUCCACUACAACAUGGUUACGUUGGGCACGGUCUUGUGCGCCAGGCUCUGUGGGCCAAGCCGCUCGGACACCAUAUACUGAAGAGAUCUCCUCACUUAGUUGCACCAGUGGCUCAUGUGGCCCCUAUUGCGCAUGUUGCUCCCGUAGCUCACGUCGCGCCUGUUGCUGUUUCACACCAGUCUCGCUUGGAUGUCAGGACGUCGCCAGCUGUGGUCGCAGCGCCAGUGCUACCUAUCGUUAAGCCUGUUGUGGCCCCAGUGGUAGCCCCUCUUCUUUCGAAGGCAGUGGUCGCAGCACCUUUACAUUACGGAGUCGGACAUGGUCUUUAUGGAGCUGGAUUAGGACAUUAUGGGGCUGGACUUCCACAUUUAGGCCAUUAUUAGUACAGGAGAAGUAUUCGUUCUAAGGUUACUGAUUAAUAUCAUACUGGUCCUUUGGUUAUUGAUUAGUUUUGUACAAAGUAGAAUAAAAUUUUUCUAAACCAUACAAAUAAUAAAUGUUC